GGUACGAUGUAUGGAAUGUUCAAAUCUUCGUGAUGCAAAUCAUUAUACCUACCAACGGCAAAUGUUUAUCGGCAAAUUAAAAGAACCAGCCGCAUUGUAUAUAAUUAUGCGCUUUAGCGUUAUAAUGUUGUUCCAUAGCAACUAACGCAUAGGCAUACCUACUCGUAUAAGAAUCAAUAGUCGAACAAACAUCCAUACUGCUGUGUUGUAUGACGGUCGUUGUUUCCAUUGCAGCCGUAGGAUAUUUCGUGAAUUUAUUCCACAACAAGGCUGCACGUUCACUAGUGUAUAGUUUUAUAUAGUUUCUUACCUACACCCAAACGAUUCGUGUAUAGGCCAUGGAAGAGUUUGCUGACGCCAAAGAAGACGAAAACAAAAAAAUUGUUCACACAUAUCCAUUAGUGCAAGCGUGUGACAUGUCAGAAGAAAUGAAAGCUGAAACGGUUGAAGUUAUAAUAACAGCAUGCGAAAAAUUUGGAACAGAUUAUUUCGCGGCGGCCAAGACAGUGAAACAAAUGCUUGAUAAAAAAUACGGUCCUCAGUGGAACGCGGUGGUCGGAGAAGCGUUCGGCAUUCAAAUAACGCACCAGACCAAUACGUUGAUGUAUAUGUUUUUCGGAGGCAACCUCGGCAUUUGUGCCUGGAAAAUCUAACUCGUCAAUAACGAGACGAAAAGUUGUUUCAAAACACAAUAGAAUAGAAUAUUAUUUAAUUAUUAUACAAGUAUACAACAAUUAUAUCGUGUAUUAUAUCAUAUUAUUAAAUGUUGAUUAUAUUGGAUAUGUUACAAUAUCAACAACCCCUCAGCAAAGUAAAUAUGAAUAAUUAGAUAUUAUAAGAUAUAAAGAUGAUUUUGAAAAAGUUAUCGAUUGCAACUCGCAAGUGGUCGCAAUCAUAAAAAUUGCACGUAUACAAUUUAUUUAAAUAUUGUACUUGAGUGGAAAUUGUUGGUACCUACUUUGUCAUUAAAAUAAAUUCAUAAUA